AUGGCGUCCCGUCUCAACAAGAAACUCAGUCGUUACUGCUCCAAAACAAGAGAUCCGCAGGCGACGGUGGUGGACGCUCUGACUGCUCCGUGGUCUUGCCAGUACGUGUAUCUGUUUCCUCCAAUCCCUCUCAUCCCAAGAGUACUAAAAAGGCUAAAAAAGGAAAGAAUUCAGGUGAUACUGAUCGCCCCAAGAUUGAGCUCGAAGAGCCUGGUAUGUGGAUCUCAUGGCAUUGUCUCUGAAGGAUCCAUGGCCGCUACCGUUGAUCAAGGAUUUUCUUCAACAAGGACCGUUCAUCUAUCCAGACUUACAGCGGCUACGUUUGACAGCUUGGAAGUUGAGAGGGAGAUUUUGAAGAGAAAGGGUCUCCAUCCCACGGUGGUGUCCACCAGGGCCGGUUCAAGGGCGCAGAGCGCCCCGGGCAGGAAAGGGGCGUGGCCUAAUACAGGGGGCGUGCAAUUUUUAGCAAAGUACGGCUGGACAGAACCAGUAGUUUGGGAUGAAUUUCACAAAAGCGAUAAGGAGCCAAAAGACAUGAGCCUGAUGCAGGAGGCGAUAACGGAUACGGCGGAGCCGACAAAAAGUCCCUCAUUUAUUGAAGCACUCAAAAAAUUUCAGAAGCUCAAUAACUUGCCAGCCACUGGAAGAUUAGACGAUGCCAGCAUUAAUGCCAUGAACAAGCCCAGGUGCGGCGUGCCCGAUAACCAGUUACUGAAAACCAAUCGCAACAAGCCCACCUUACCCGAGGUGGCAAAUAAUGCCAGCAAUUCUAAGAACACCACAAACCAAAGUGCUGACCCCCCCAAGAUCCGUAGGAAGAGGUUCUUGGACUUGCUGAUGAACUCGGACAAAUACAGAAAGGAGCAGGAGGCCUAUCAGAACUCUGGCAGCAGAGUGUUCAGCAAAAAGCUGCUGAGAUGGCGAAUGAUCGGAGAGGGUUACAGUAGCCAGCUGUCCAUCAAUGAGCAGAGAUACGUGUUCAGGCUAGCCUUCCGUAUGUGGAGCGAGGUUAUGCCCUUGGACUUUGAGGAAGACAAUACUUCACAUUUAUCCCAAAUUGAUAUAAAGCUCGGCUUUGGACGAGGUCGCCACUUAGGAUGUACCCAUGCGUUUGAUGGUUUGGGGCAGGAAUUUGCGCACGCUUGGUUUCUUGGGGACAUACAUUUUGAUGACGAUGAACAUUUUACAGCCCCCAGCAGUGACAACGGGAUUAGUCUUUUGAAAGUUGCAGUUCAUGAAAUUGGACACGUUCUCGGACUAUCUCACAUCCACCGGGCUGGAUCAAUAAUGCAACCCAAUUACAUCCCCCGGGAAUCAGGGUUCGAACUGGACUGGUCUGAUCGGAAAGAAAUACAGAACCUAUAUGGAUCCUGUGAAGGACCCUUUGACACUGUCUUCGAUUGGGUGAGGAAGGAGAGGAACCAGUACGGGGAGACGGUUGUCCGAUACAACACUUACUUCUUCAGAACCAGCUGGUACUGGAUGUAUGAGAACCGGAACAACAGGACCCGCUAUGGAGAUCCAGUUGCAGUGUCGACUGGUUGGCAAGGGAUCCCCACACAGAACAUUGACGCCUUUGUACACGUGUGGACCUGGACCAAGGACGACUGCUACUUCUUCAAAGGUUCUCAGUUCUGGCGCUACGAUGGAGAAAGUGACAAGGCCUAUGCGGAGGAUGCUCAGGGACAGAGGUACCCUAGGCUCAUCUCUGAGGGUUUCCCUGGAAUUCCCAGCCCAAUCAAUGCGGCAUUCUUCGACAGGAGGACCCAGCACAUUAACUUCUUCAAAGACUCCCAGGUGUACGCCUUCGAUAUCAAUAGAAAUCGCAUUGUCCCUAAUUUCCCCAAGAAGAUAACUGACUUUUUCCCGGCCGUUCAACGCAACAACCACCCGAGAAGUCACCUGGACGCGGCUUAUUUCUCCUACAGCCACAGCGCCCUCUUUCUGUUCAAAGGAAAGGACUUUUGGAAAGUGGUCAAUGACAAGGAUAUAAGGACAAAUCCUUCUCUGCCACACAACGGGCUUUUGCCCAGACUGACUAUUUCUGAGCACUGGUUUGAUAUAUGUAACGUACAUCCAUCGCUGCUGAAACUGUGAUUUUUUUUUAAUGGUGGCGCUUACCGUGGAGGAGAAGGGAAAUACUGUAACGGUGGAUGAUCUGGCGCUUCAUUAUCUACAGCCUUUCCAUAGACCCCAGGAACAUUCUGCCCUUCCACAGAAGGCUUCUAGAUUAACAUGGGAGAUCUAAAUUCCAAGACAGGGGUUACUAACUUGCACUACUCCAGUCAAAUGCCAAUAACAACUUGCUGUAUAUACAGACCGGAGGACCAGUUGUCGGCCAUCUUGUUGCCUUGACCAAUGAUCGUGAUAACGUAGCUUAUUCACUAGUAGCUUGUCACAUCACUGAGGCAUUACUGAGGCAUGAGGCGCAAAGCUGUGUUGUCAUGAAAAAUGGUUCAGACAACAAAAUGCCUGAAACUAGACAUUAAACCUAAAUGCAAAUUGCAUAAAGAUGUUUGAUGAUACUCAUGGUAACAUGUCUCUACAAAGCAGAUGCAAAACACAUUCUGCAAUAGAUGUAACCACAAUAAAACCAUAUACAAAUGCUACAUUUAAUUGCUCUCCGGCCACAAGUUUUCAGGACGUAAACUGCCCUCUCUCACCUGCAGACAGUAAGGCCAGUGGGUAACGGAGAACCAUUCAUUAAUGCUCAGACUUCUCUUGGUUUCUUUUGUGCACACUAAUAGCUCUUUUCUGCAACAUAAAUUGCACGUUAGGACACUGGGGUCUAUUCAUGAAGCAGUGAAAAGUGUGGAGAAGUGAGCCAGUGGAGGAGUUGCCCAUGGCAACCAAUCAGCUGCUCAGUACAAUUGUAUAGUACGCCAAUUAUAACUGUUACUUCAAUUCUGAUUGGUUGCCAUGGGCUGGCUCACUCCUCCACACUUUUCACUGCUUCACGAAUAGACCCCUAUGUCCUUUAAGUACGACAAUAGAUAGAUGUAUUCCUAUCUAGCUGGUUAAUAACACAAGUUUCCUAAUUUUAUAUUUAAAGACUUUGGGGCAGAUGUAUUAAGAGUAAGAC